CCGGCUCAUUGACGAGCUUCACUUUAACAAUCAAUAAUGGGCAGUCAAUUAAAAGAUCGAGUUGGACAACUUUCAGUGAACUGCGGGCUGCAAUAAGAACUCCGCCUCCCCAUCGGUCUCUAUCCUUCCUAAACAAUGUAUACCCAUGGUGUUGAGGAAUUAUCUCAUUAUUACUAAAUUCAUUGUCUAGUUUAGUUUCAGUAGCUAUUAUUAUGUCCGGAUCAAAAUCCUCAAUAAUACUUAUAAAUUGAGAUUGUUUAUCAACAGAUUUCAAACUGCACACAUUUAAGUUUAAGAUUUUCAAACCACUGUUCCCGGGUGUUGUGAUAUUACUAUCGAUUGAAGUAUUACUUUCAUCCGUAUUACUUUGUGAAGCAGAAUCAGAGGUUGAACCAUGAUCAUCAAUAUUCACAGCAACACUAGAGCAUAUACAACAGGUAAAUGCAAAGUUGUUGUCAUUCGUUAUAUUGUUCAUUAUAUCUUUGUACUGGAUAGGGUUAAUACCAGCACAUUUGAUAUGUGUCCAUUCACCACAUGCAUCACAGUCAACCGCACGAUGAUUGACAGCAACAGGUCUCUUGCAUUUCGUACAUGGGUAUUUACAAGGACCUGGAUCCUGGUGUACAUCUCCACAUAAGAGAAUAAGGAUGGAUUCUUGUUACUUUACCUCAAAGCACAAAGGAGAUACAAUUCAUUUCUAACAAGAGAACUGUCAUUCCUGACAUGCCAUACCCAACUAGACUGCUGAAAUCUGUAAAUCCGGCAUGCUGUGUACAGCAACCAUCCAGCUACAAAUGGCAACAGGUUACAAAAUUCCUUGAAGUCAUUAGCAUCAGCUUUAAUUGGAAAGAUAUCUGAAAGUUCCUGGGAAUUACAGCCAAUUUAGCCAAAGCCUAUGUUUGUGUCCAGAGUGUUUGUACAUUGAGGCAAUAGGGAAUCAUGGCUCUCUGUAGGAAUCGGAAGGUAUGCAGGGUUGUCAGUGCAAUCAUUGUCAUCACUUUCCUCGGAGGCUGCUUCAUGGCGAUUUCCAACCUCAUGACGGUGGAUUCUGACGGGGAGAUAGAGGCUGCCCGGAAUGUAGUGCAAUAUGUCAAGAAAGAGGGCGCCCUUCAAAGAGACGAAAGUCAUGAUUACAAUGCCAGAGGGCGCCUGAAGGGUCAUUCUGACAAAGAACAGUCUCCGCAGGAGAAGAGUAAGAUCUUACAGAUUCAUGAGGUUGUUGCCAAAGGCAGGAACAAAACGCACAGAUCUGGCGAGGCUGUCAAACUACUUGAGACAUUAGCUAAGAAGGAAAAUACAGCCAACAGGACGGAUGCCAAGAUCUCGGCCAUAAACCAGGAGCAGAAUUUAGCCUGGGAUGAUCCUGCAACGUGGCCCCCACCAAACUACAACCUUCAUGCAUUCUAUUACCCGUGGUAUGGCACCCCGGGGUUUGACGGCAUGUACCUCCACUGGAAUCACCCGCUCCUCCCACACUGGAACAAGGACGAGGCGAAGAAGUGGCCCUCUGGCAGUUGGAAACCUCCCGGGGAGAUUGGAGCCAACUUCUAUCCCCAGCUAGGGCCCUAUAGUUCCAGGGACCCUGCUGUCAUUGAAGACCACAUGAAGCAGUUAAGAUUAGCAGGCAUAGGGGUGAUAUCGAUGUCGUGGUACCCAGCAGGCCUAGCAGAUGACCAAGGGAAGCCUAUUGAUGAUAUGAUGCCUACUUAUCUCAACAUAGCUCACAAAUAUGGGAUCAAGAUAACCUUUCACAGUGAACCAUACAAAGGUCGAUCAGAGGUCACAUUUCGUGAUGAUGUCAGGUACAUCAUCGAUAACUAUGGGUCCCACCCAGCUUUCUAUCGCUACAAGUUUAAAGGUCGACAUUUACCGAUGUUCUACGUAUACGACUCGUAUCAUACCAGUUCUUCGAGCUGGGCGCGGCUAUUCGGCAUCAAUGACGAACUGAGUGUGAGAAACACUAUAUACGAUGGCAUUUUCCUUGGUUUGUACCUGGACGCGCAGCAUCGGUCCGACAUCCUGGAAAGUUUAUUUGAUGGCUUCUACACCUAUUUCGCAAGUAGCGGUUUCACGUAUGGUUCCCGCUGGAAGAACUGGAAACUUCUCGCAGACUUUGCACAAAAGCGCAACCUUCUGUUUGUUCCGAGUGUCGGACCGGGAUACGUGGACACGCAGAUUAGACCGUGGAAUGACAUGAAUACAAAACAUCGUGCUAAUGGCGACUACUAUGAAAGGUCCUUGCAAGCUGCGACAAAAGUCAAACCAGACAUCAUCUCUGUGACUUCCUUUAAUGAGUGGCACGAAGGGACACAGAUAGAAAGAGCUGUACCGAAGAAGUUGACAAACUUUACUUAUCUGGAUUACGGUCCAGAUGGUCCAAAUAAAUAUCUUUUGCUGACACAGAAGUGGUCUAAGACUUUCAAAGGAAAAGGCUGAUGGUAAUAUCUCAAGUUCUAAUACGGUUUGUCUCAACAAGAGUAAGAAUUCAAAUCAGAAAGUAAUGUCGAUGGAGUUUAUUCAGAUGAUAAAUAAUCUGUACAGAACAUAUGCAGGCCUCUUAGUUUUGAGAAUCUUCCCUCCUAUUUUAUAAAGCUUGCUCUUCCCCGUCCAGUUCUGGAGACAGCUUGUUAUCAAGGGGUAAAUUA